AUGGACAAACGUGGAAACCGCACGACACGCCUCCCUGAGGACUUAAAAGAUAUCGAGCUAUCAGACACCAUUGCGACCACUGACGAAGCAAAGCAAUCUCGGCUGGAUCCGGGUAAGGAUAGUCUUGCACAGCGCCGUUUUCCUAUAAGGCUUGAUCCAGAGUCAUUCAGACAAAGGACGCUUCAAGCAAAGAAGUUCCAAGGCAAUUACAAGAGAUUUUGGAAUAUCAAGCAGGCUGGUCCGGGGAUAGUCGCCAUUAAAGAUGUCGAACCGCUACCGAUCGUCUUGAUCAAGGAACGCGAAACUACUAAAUUUAUUAAAACCCAAUUAAAAAAGGUAUCACAUAAGAACGUGUUAAGCCUCCUGGACUUUUUCCACGACUCGGAUAAGGUUACUCUGGUGUACGAGUACGAACAUUCAGCUGUUGCACUGGCCAGAUUAUCUAAUACUCCAAAUGUGGUAUUCAGCGAAGGGGACAUUGCCACUGUGUGCCGGGAAGUUCUCAAUGGUCUUCAUUAUAUACAUUCAGAGCUGAAAAUCAUCCAUGGGUCUCUAAAUUGCAUUAAUGUUCUCCUGACGAUGACAGCAGAGGUCAAGAUUGCAAAUAUAGGAGAUAGCAUGCUGAGUGGGAAAACAUUGAGAGACCGUCAAUGUGACAUCAAGGCAGUGGGAGAUAUUGCAAGUGACCUUAGCGAUCCUCCAGCAAGGCCAGAAGGAUAUGGCUCAGUUCGUAGAGUGCCCGAGAAGGCCACGUACAUGACGCGUCAAUUUAUUGAGAAGACAACCGGGGCAACAAUCCAAGAGCUGUUGGAGCAUGAUUUUAUAUUGGCGGCCACACCUUCUGGCUCUUGGAGCCUAACACCUCACAUUUUGAAAGCUGUUCCAUUUGGUGCCAAAUUUGGAGAUUACGUUGGUGAAGCUUCUGUGUAA